UAAUCUCGUCACCUUGACCAACAUCGAGUCUAUCUCCAUGUGAAUUGAAUUGAUCCCUGCUAGACCAUGCAAUCAAUCAGUGAUCAGCAAUUCAUGGACUAGAUCAUACAGGACAAGCAAUUGAAUUCACAUUUCAUCUCUCUCUCUCUCUCUCUCUCUCUCUCCUCUUUUACUCGAUCAAGACUCAAUUUGAUCACCUAAAACAAUCAACCAACAACAACAAGACUUCUUCUUCUUCUUCUUCUUAGUCUGGUUCCUUUUUUAGGCUCUAAGUUUGUCCCGCUUUUACUUUACGCCUCCCCCUGGUCUGCUCUAAGCCUGGUCGGGUCUGUCCUAGGCCGUGACUUUUGGUGGGAAAGCCCCCCAAAAGGAAGAGUCGAUAGGUUCGGCGACUCCAGAAGCAGAGCAAAGCCCACCUAGCCAACAAACUCGGCUCCCGUCUAUAAUAACCAUUCACAUCAUAAGCAUACAUACGCAUACGCAUACGCAUACACAUACAUACACAUCCAUUACUUCCAUACAUAAUACUUAGUACAUCCUUCGUCUUCUUUCUGCGCCUCCUUCGUGCGUCCGUCUUCUCCUUCUCCUCUUUCGUUCAGUCAGUCAAUUGUUCAACUGCGACAUACAUCUUCUACACCCGCCAUAUACACCACGCUACACUGGCUGUCCCCAUCUGAUCUGAUCUGGUCUGGUCUGAUCGAUCUGCGACCUUACUUUGGCCAGCGAUGGCUAGUCACUAAAGUUGGGAUCCUCAUUCCUUAACAAGACCUUCCUUCAAUCCACAGGUCAACGGCGAUCGUCGCCCGUCCCUUGCAGCGUAGCAAACAUGGGCUGUUGCCUCUCUCGUUCUUCGGGUCCCAACUCUCCCUACCCAGGUGGCGCUCCCAACGCUUCGUCCCGCGCUAUCAAUCCUCCCCCGCUGUCACUCCCAGAAGCUGCUCAACCGCAAAUCCCUGCCGAAAGACGUCGCCAGCACCGUCGAAGCAAUCGUCCCCUGGAUCAGCAUAUCGAUAAGCCUUUGCGACGACACGAGUGGACCUCGCGCGAUCGCACAUGGACCAAGAGCGAAUUGGUAAAGGAACGAGCUGCCUUCUUUGACACAAGAGUCACCGGCAGGCCCGAGAUAUGGCAGACUAUUCAUGCGGCGCUCGCUGUCUUGUGGGAUCCAGCCGGCCAGGAUGCACAAGACGACGGAUCCAAUGGCCUUGCGACGGCCCAGAUGAUUCUAUCCGCUGCUGAGAUCUCUCUCCCGACCGGCAACCUCUCCAAUGGCGUCUACGACUCUCUAGGAAACUACUAUCAAUUGCCGGAAUGGGUUGUUUGCGAUCCGCUGAAUGUGCAGGAGGAUCGAGAGGACGGCGCAGAGAGCAACCUCUCAAAUGCUGGCGACGACACAGCAGCAGAUGAAGAACUGAGCGAUGAAGAGAUGGAGGGCAAGAAACAGGAAAAGGGUAAAGAGGUGGGCGAUGCCCAAGAUACAGUCAAACUACGAGCCAGGCUCAGUGAGAACGGUCAAGAUAUCAACGUCGCCAUAUAUGAGUCGGAUACUGUUCGUAGUGUAGCCAAAAAGAUUGCUCUCGAGGCUGGCCUUGCGUCGACCAAGAAGAUCAGGAUAGCAUACAUGGGUAAGAUUCUUAAAGACAAUCUGUCUCUCACGGCACAAAACUGGCAGACUGGUCAUAUCGUCAAUGCCCUUGUCUUUGACAUUUGAUUGUGCCCUGCUGUUAUCAUCCCAACGAUAGACAUGAAGCAACCUGGUCCUUGAACUUUUGUCUUAGCCAAAACCCUUCACCCUCAUCGUCAACUUAUUUCAAUAGCAAGUAUGCCUUUUAUCGAUCCGCUACGGCCGGCUACACUCUUGGACAAUACCCUAUACCGUUUAUCCUGCUUUUACCAUGUCUGUGUCUUUUGGAGUUGGCGGAUGCUGCUGGUCUAGCGAUGAUUUCCCCACCACUUAUAUUCCUCUCACAUCCCCUUGUGUCGAGAUUGAUUUUGGAUACUAUUAACAGCCGUUGUUCUUACUAUACACAUGUAUAUAGGCCCAAUAAGGCACCCGACAGGGCACCCAACAAAAGUUUGGCAUGGCCCUCGCUAAUAUCACUGUUCCCCUGUUCUGAACGAGAAAGCCGAGCGAUACAACCACACUUGGUGAUAGCCACUGGCUCUGACUGUGACCCUGGACCCAUCGCACAGCCUUUUGGUGGGAAAACACCCAUUAACAUGCUCCGACCCUGACUCCGCUCCAACCAUCGUCAUGAAUCUUGCAAUGUUGAGACAACCCUUCUCGUAUAACUAGAUCCAGGUGUUUGUACAUAUAUCAGCUGACCUAGGCCGUCGACCCGAUCUUUGAUGGGUCCAUCCUC